ACAUUCUAUUCUACUUCAGCCUUGGUCUUGCUCCUAUACCCCUUCUGAGCCGGACACUCGUUACUUUCUGAGCUUGAUAUCAUCCAUCAUCAUUCACAUAUUUUCUACAUCUAUACUCCAUAUAUGUUUUUGGUCGUGUUUAACCAUACCAUGAAACUGAUAAUGUUAACUUCUAGUCCCCUCGCUUUUUCCCACGAUUUCUUUCUUGUACCAGCCUUGGUCAUCCAUCUAUUCACUUCACAUACUACAAUACAUAUCAAUGUCGGUUCGCUUCUCAUCCUGUACUAUACUAUACUAUUAUCAUCCUGGAUCUUUGAUCAGAUCUAUGCUCUAGAGCAGUAGUUAGUUACCUUCUAACUAAUCAGAAUUCAAUGAGACUGAAGAAUCACGUUCA